AAUUAGCUUUUAGGCACUUUCACUUUUUUUAACAAUCGCUUUUCACUAAUGUCUCCCACCACCUCCCCUUUUUUUACUUCCAUAAACGCAUUUAUGUUCACGGCUCGACUUUAAAGCAUGUUGUCAUUUUAAUUGGAACUGAGUCCCCGUCAUUUUUUUUCUUUUCUAGAUUUUCAAUGAAGAUCUGCAAUGAAUGUUGUUUACCCAGCAGGUGGAUAUGACGUCAGGGACUUGGAACAUCAAAAAAUAACAACAUCCAAAUCCGCGAUUCCCCUUUUCUUUCAAGGCGCAUUAAAAUGUAAUAUCAUCACAAGGAGCUGGGCUUCAGAUUCGAGGCAGAUCGCGGUGUGAAACUCUGGAUUCUUGCUCGGAAACAGUGCUUUCCGUGAGCCAUACAGAGAUUGCUUGUUGCAGCUAAAGUUAGUCCCCCAAGCGGAGUAAUAUUGUUAUUUACUGUGUGGUUGUUGCAUGCUUUCUUGGUACACAAGAUCGCAUGUGUAGUUGAUUGUUACAAGCCCAGCAAAUUAUCUUCUGCGUUGAUCAACCAUUUUUCAUACUCGCAUACUGACCUGCUGUGCUCCUCAUGAACUGGAGCCAAGCCUUCAAACCUGAGGGACAGCACAAUUGUUCAGACUAGGAAAGAGCUUCAGUUUUAAUCAAAGUUCGAUAUUAUUCUGUGUGACGGCACUCCGAUCGCUGUGGGUUAAAUAGAUUAUUUCAAGGUAAGGUGAACUCCAGCCUCCACUGAUGUCGAGACGGCAAGGCUUUGCUCGGAGUUCUGAUUGAAUGGAUGGAAUGCCUGUCUUACCUAGAGAGGUGAAAUCGGGUAGGAAGACUGAGCUCUGAAGGUGGCAGGAACUGAAGAUUGCUUUGAACAAGCAAGUGCUUGAAGAAGGUUUUUAAGUCAUGAUGCAAGAAUCUGGGUCUGAGGCGACGAGUAACAGUUCAUCCAGUCAGAACGGAGCAAACAGUGGCAACCACUUUACAGAAGGCAGCCUGAGAGAAGUGCGAGCGAAUGGUGAGACCCCCUCUGCUGAAGUCACCACAGCUGAUUUAGUUCAUCUCCAGCAGCAACAGGCCCUUCAAGUUGCGCGACAAAUUUUGCUGCACCAACAGCACCAGCAAAGCAGUGGGUUGAAGUCGCCCAAGAGCAAUGAGAAACAGACAGGGCUGCAGAUUCCAGUAUCAGUGGCUAUGAUGACACCUCAAGUGAUUACUCCUCAACAAAUGCAGCAGAUCCUUCAGCAACAAGUGCUGACCCCUCAGCAGCUACAGGUCUUGCUCCAGCAACAGCAGGCGCUCAUGUUACAGCAGCAGCAGCUUCAGGAGUUUUAUAAGAAACAACAGGAGCAGUUACAUCUUCAGCUUCUACAGCAGCAGCAUGCUGGAAAACAGAGUAAAGAGCAGCAGGCAGCAGCGCAACAGCUGGCCUUCCAGCAACAACUGCUUCAGGUACAGCAGCUACAGCAGCAGCACCUCCUAAACCUGCAGAGGCAAGGUCUGCUCACGAUCCAGCCUGGCCAGCCAGCUCUGCCCCUGCAACCUCUCACUCAGGGCAUGAUUCCAGCAGAUCUGCAGCAGCUUUGGAAAGAAGUGACUGGCACACAUGUUAAAGAUGAAAACACAGCGAACAGCCAUGGCAGCCUGGACUUGUCCACCAGUGCCAUCACUUCCCCAGCUCCUCCUAAGAACACGCUCAUCAACCAACACGCUUCCACCAACGGGCAGCCUAUGGGUCACACUCCAAAAAGAGAGAGCUCCUUACUUGAAGAGCCCCAUCACCACAGUCACCCUCUGUAUGGCCAUGGGGUGUGCAAAUGGCCAGGUUGUGAAGCGGUAUUUGAAGACUUUCAGUCAUUCCUGAAGCAUCUCAACCACGAGCAUGCACUGGAUGACAGAAGUACAGCGCAGUGUCGAGUACAAAUGCAAGUUGUGCAGCAGCUGGAACUACAGCUUGCUAAAGACAAGGAACGCCUGCAAGCAAUGAUGACACAUCUACAUGUGAAAUCAACUGAGCCAAAACCUACCCCACAGCCAUUGAAUCUGGUGUCCAACGUUACACUCUCCAAGACGGCUUCUGAAACGUCUCCACAGAGCCUGCCUCAGACUCCCACCACCCCCACUGCCCCCCUAACACCCAUCAGCCAAGGACCCUCUGUUAUCACCCAGAACAACUUGCAUAGUGUGGGACCAAUUCGAAGGCGGUAUUCAGAAAAAUACAACAUGCCCAUUUCCCCAGAUAUUGUCCAGAACAAAGAAUUUUACAUGAAUGCUGAAGUAAGACCUCCCUUUACAUAUGCUUCCUUAAUAAGGCAGGCAAUUCUGGAAUCUCCUGAAAAGCAGUUAACACUAAACGAAAUCUACAACUGGUUCACAAGAAUGUUUGCAUAUUUCAGGCGCAAUGCAGCAACAUGGAAGGGUGCUGUUCGCACCAACCUUUCGCUGCAUAAGUGCUUUAUCAGAGUAGAGGAUGAAUUUGGGUCCUUUUGGACUGUUGAUGAUGAAGAGUUUAAACGUGGCCGCCACAUUCAGCGAGGCCGUCCUCGGAAAUACUGCGCUGAUGAAAACUUUGAUGAGCUGUUUGUACAUAGCCCAGCUCUUGUGAAAAAUCUACAGACCAGUCUCAGCUAUGGAACAUCUCUCACUGCUGCUUUUCAGGCUUCAAUGGCAGAAAAUAACAUACCUCUAUACACUACUGCUUCCAUUGGAAGUCCCACUCUAAACUCCCUUGCUAAUGUUAUACGAGAGGAGGUAAAUGGUGCAAUGGAGCAUGCAAACAGCAAUGGCAGUGACAGCAGCCCGGGACGCUCUCCUUUGCAAGCUAUGCAUCACAUCAAUGUUAAAGAGGAACCACUGGAUCCAGAAGAUCACGAAGGUCCUUUGUCUCUUGUGACCACAGCCAACCACAGUCCAGAUUUUGACCAUGACAGAGAUUAUGACGAUGACCCUGGGAACGAUGACAUGCAAUAGGCCUGUGUUCCCAUGUUGUCCUGAGAAUGAAGAUCGGUAGAACUAAUGCAAAUCAUCUGUGAAAUGUUUCCAGAGAAAGAAGCUGGAUUUUCAGUCCAUUGUUGACAGCUAUAAAAUGUUUGGAUUGACUUUUAGUGCCAUUAAAUACAAAACAAUAUCCCAUUUGGGAGUAUUUUUGAUUUAUUUCUACUUUUUUGUUUGGGAAAAAAAAAAGGAAUUUUUACUCAACAUGCAUUGGAUGGACUUGUUUGGUACUCGAGACCUUUCCACUCGACAUGGUCAGUGCUGUGUUACUGGACAGUUGAUGCUGCACACACACUGCUGCAGGCAACAGACUGCAAUCCUGCUAACAGAAAUAAUAAGGCCACAUUAACUAAGCAUGGACUUCACACUGCAGGUUGACCUGCCCAGAAACUAAAGAGAUUCUGAUGGACAUGUGAUUUGCACAGUGCUGAGUGUGGAUUAAGUUAAUGAUCACUGCCUUUGAUCCACAUUGUUUUGCUUCCAUUAAGGUUAUAGGGUAGGUUCUUUGAGAGGGGAAGCUAUAAUUCUUUUUUUCUUUUUGUUGCUAUAUGCUUCUCUUUUAAACAACUACACUUUUUAAAAAAAAACUCUGACCAAACUCCUAAACUUAAGGACUCUGGCCUCAUAGAGGCAGCAGUUGGUCAGCACUUGAUGAUGAAUGUUUGUGUAAGUAUUUUUUGUUUUGUACAUGAAGCAGAAUGUUUAAAUACCAAGUAGUAUUUUUCUGUCAUUUAUUCCAUGUGCUUCAAAAGACAACCUCAUGCCACACCAUGUGUUUCUCAGUCACAAUGACCCGUUCACUAUCGCUUUUUGGCAAAAUGUAGCCCACUCCCAAAAUUGUGAAGUCCAGCAGCAAUGCACUACUCAUAAUGAAGGUUCUAGCAACACCGAUGAAGUUUUGUGUUGGAUGGGAAUGAAUGACAGAGAAAUCAUGCAGGGAACAUUUAAGAAAAAAAAACAGAUUUGCUCUUCAUAGCAGUGUAAGACAGCUGCAGACAAUUCACUGAACUUUUUUAAAAUACCCUUUUUUAAACAAAUUAGUACAUGUAGCAUGCCGAAUGGUAGGUAAAUUUUAUAUUUCUGAAUCCAGCUCUAGCCAAUAACAUUGUUGAUCACUAUUAUGUCUAAUUUUUCAAUAGGUUAACUUGCACAUGAAAUUUUCUAAGAAAAAAGUAUUCAUUUUAAGAAUACAGAUAUCCAAUAUGAUGCUGUAGAUGGAAGUUUUAUGUUCAUUAAUCCCUUGUAUUCAAACUGCCUGACUGUACUGUUAAAUGACAGACUCUGAAAUGGUGAAGCUAUGGAGUAGUAAUGAGCUUUUAUUCGUGCUGGCAAAGGAGAGCAAAAGGACUCACCUCUGAUCAUCACAUCAUAGUCGUUCAGCAUUUCCUUGCAGCUUCGAUGAAACCCACUGCUCUGGAGAUAAAUCUGCACAUAGAGAACAGGCUUGUUACACUGAGGGGAUAAUAUUAGCUAAAUCCAGUAACACAAAAGUGUUAAGAGUAAUUGUUCCUGUACAAAUACUGUGCUGCAGGUUAUGUUUUUAUCUAGUGUUCUUACGCAAGCCAGUAUAAACACAUCAUAGAAAUUGUAAUGCAAGAAAUGCUGAGCUGGUGGAGCAUUCUCCUGAGUUCGGUGUUUAAAAAGAAAAUAAUGUAUAUGUCUUUCACAGAAAUCAUCCUAGUUAAGACUGCAACCAACCACUUUUAUAGUUUGUAUUUAUUGAGGAUGUUAUGGUUUUAUUUUUGUAGUUAUCGAGCUUUUUAGGUAUUUCCUUUAAUUUUUUUUUGUUAAUGUCAGAUACUUCUUGUUCUGUGAUUACCAAAGAUAAACUGCAAAGUCAACUUAUGUUCUCUGUUUUGUGCUUUAUCAGGUGAGGCCAAAUAUCCUCUUAUUUGACAGUUGUGGUAAAAGGAUCUAAAGAUGGGGAAAGACCAACUUUGAACUUUAGUUUAUAGCAAAAAUAAUUAGGCUCUGCAAUGUAUUAGAUUCUAGUGAAUAUUUAAGCCAAAGGCAAUAAUUGCUGAAUAGCUGCAUACCUUUGCAGUGACCAAAUUCAAAACGGAGAAGAAAAAUAUUUUCAAAUAAAUAAAACCAAACUAGGGAACAAUAUCUUUUGGGCCAAUGAAAAGGGAGCAUUCCAACACAAAAACGUAACAUUACAAUGAGGGUAAUGGUAAAAAAGAAUUAACAGAGAACAAUGCAAACAAAUCUCCAAAUGAACUGGACCACAAAAUGAUUAUGUUUAAUGCGUAUUCUGUGUUAUGGGUUUAUGACAUUUAAAAGAUUGUAUGCCACUUUUGUUUUGAAGACCAGUAUCGCUCUGUGUACUGGAAAAAUUUAUUGUUCUUUGUUUAACCUUGGCAAAGCUUUGUGAUUGUGUUUAAUUUCUGUCAAUCUUAUUUUUUUAUAUUAAAAAAAGAACACUCCUGUCAACUCAUAAGCUGGGUACAAGGUACUUUAUGGCAGUUAUUUGUAAGCUUUACCACGCUUUCAUUGCAAAGGGCAAUCUGUGGUUCUUUUAAAAAUGUAUUUAAUAUGGUAUCCAGGCAGCUUCAUGACGUGCAGGCAGUAGCCAGAUGGGAUCGUGAGAAGUGAUCUCUGCACAUCCAAACUGAGUGGUUUGCUGGUUAGCUCGGCAUUUUUAAGCGGGGAAAAGCUGGUAGAUUAGUACAUUCUCAGCAUGUGUAGCUAGACAUGACUAAAGAUAACAGCAUGAGAAAACUGUUAGUACGCAUACCUCAGUUCAAACCUUUAGGGAAUGAUUAAGAAAUACAUUUCACUCAGUUACACUUAGUUGUAUGUCUUGCAUGCUUAGUCUAAAGACUGUAGCAAAAAAAAAAUAGAGCUUGCGUAUCUCAAGGGUCUCGCAACCUUUUUAGCGAAAACCAACCCAAACCUCAGGCCUUUCAAGAAAACAUCACCACACUUUGUUUUUUCCAUCUUAAUUUCGACCCAUCAAUUUUCACACAAUUCUAUUGGGUGGGCAGUUUCAGGUUGUACAUAAAUCCCUGUAUUGGUAUAAGCCUUUGUCCUUUUGGUUUCUUUUUCUUGUUAAUUUCAAUGAUAAAAGUACACCUGUGUUAAAAUGUUUGCUUUAAUGCAACUGCUUUGUAUUAACUAUAUUAAAAUAGCUAUAAAAAACCUACUGUAUGUAUUGGAAUAGCAGAAUGUGCUGCACAUGUAUUUUACUUAGUAAAUCUUGCUUUAAAAGAAAUGGAUACUUACAGACAUCGGUGGGGUGGGGGUGGGGGGAUGAGGUAUUUCCCUUAAUUUUGCUGUAAACUGUAACAUAGAAAAACACACUCUUCUCUGUUAUCAAUGCCGGAAGCAUUUUGUAUAGAUUUUUCUGUUUGUGUUGAGCUGUUUUUUUAUACUUCCCGUCUUAUGAUGGUUCAACCACUGCCUUUCAUGGCUGUCUUUAAAAAGAGGUUCUAACUGCUGCAGAAUGAGGCAGAUGUGUUUCCUGUUCUUAUAAGGCUUAUAAGGAAAUAUUUUGCAUGAUAAAUUUCAAGGUCACAGAAGAAAACUAGUGAAGUGAUCAGUAAUAAUAUUGGGGAGUGUCAAUUUAAUGAACUUUUGUAUAAAACUAAUGGGAAAAAAUUACAAGGUGCCAAGAUGUGAAGAAUAUUUGUUACAUGCUUUUUUUUCCUUAAAAAAAAGUUUUCAUAUCAUAAUAUAAGUACCACGUCAGUCAAUACAGCUGUCAGGAAUGAGCGCCUUACUUUUUGAGAAAAAGGAAAAAAGCAAACACUAUUAUUGAGUUCUUCCUUUUCACCAUAGGUAAAGUCAAGCACAGCAGGUAGAACUGUAGAGCUGAGCACACAGGUCAUCAAGCCAAGUGAUUAUCAAGUUACCAGAUAACUAUUUCCCUGAUAUACAUUCAUUACACGGUAUCACGUUUUGUAAUACAGCCUUAUAACCAUUAAACGCUUGUUCAACAAAAGUGGAAUUUAUCUUCCCCUCCCUCUACAAAAAACAAAACCUUGAAGUCACAUCAAAUGUGCCUCGGAUAAGUCAUGAUUACACCACAUGUUGUUCACAUAGCAUGAGCUGUUUUACAACUCCUUGGUUUAGAGGAAGGUACAGUCAGAACCGUGGAGAUAACGUGGUGCUUCAAUAUUUGUGCUACCAGGUAGAUCUCUGUUAAGGCAUAAAAGAAACUCAUUCCUCUCAUCGGUUUGUUAAUACCACCAUUCCAUGUCUGUUGAUGCAGACAAGUAAAAGAUGUUGUAUAGUCAGUCAUGAGAACUGACUAAAGCAUUCUAAAAUGCAAUAAAAUGCUGGUUGUUCAUA